AUGGUUGGAGAUAUCAAGAAACUCCGUACUGCCGCCGGCCUCAAAGGGUUUGCUUGGUCCGAGACUGACGAAACGGUCGACCCAUGGUUGAGCAAAUUCUUUGCGUAUCUGAAACGCAACCAGGCUAUCCAAAGCGGCAAGGGCACCAACACCAAUGUCGGCAAGAUGGCCAAACUGUAUUAUGUGCAAAAGGAGGCAGGCAUGCAAACCGACAAGUCGGACAUCAAAGCUCUUCUACACGUGCCCUUGAUGAGGAAGUUCUACACCCGAUUGACCAAUGACCUGGAUGGUUCCGGCAAUGGAUAUGGCUUACAACCUUCUGCCAUGAAGAACGAGUUCUCUGCAUUCGAGCACUUUCGUAAGUUUUUGCAGUACGACUGUGGUUUAGCCACCACCGACCCAAUGUUUGACGCCGACAUUACAACUGCUGAAGCUUUGGUCACUUUUACCGUGGUAGAAUCUAGUACCCAACGCGGUAAACGGAAACUGGUUUCUAGUGAUGGUCAUUCGUUUACCUACAAGAGACGGACUAAAUCCAGAACAGAUUGGAGAUGUAGCAUUCGCAACAAGUCUGUUUCUUGUCCUGUGGUGGUUCGACAGGAAGAAGAUACCUUCAGUGUCCUGAAUGAACACACGGAAAUGGAUCUUAACACAGCCGUUAGCUUAAUGAAUGAACUGUUAGACGCAGAGGAGAGUGAUGCAAGUGACAAUUCAGACACUGGUGUUGUUUCUCUAGAAUCUGUACCAUCAGCUGAGACUGUUAUUACUUCACUUAGACAAACUUUCGAGAGUAAUAAAGCGUCUGAUACUGACACUGGAUCUGAAGAAGAAGACGUUGACGGAGAUUUGAAUGAUCCUGAUUACAUUCCAAAACUAAAUGAUUCAACUGAUAUAUCAUUCAUAGUAGAAGAUCCCCAGAUAUCCACAACGACUACACCCAUCAUUGAUACCACAAAGCCCUCCACUUCCACAACACAGAGUUUUUUCCCCAAACUAUGA